AUGCCAAUACCAGAACGUCGUUUAUAUACCAAGAAUAGCGCUGUGAUGAAAAAAUGUCGUGUUUGCAGUAAGACAAAGCACCUUUCCUCCUUUACUAAAACUGUGCUUAAUUACUGCCAUUCUAUCUGUAAUAGUUGUUCCAGCGAGAUGAUGGAGAGGUUUCUAAGUAGAAUAAUUAUGUUUUUGUAACGUAGAAAAACAACAAUCCUGUUCGGAUCAGGUGGAAUCCCCUCGUUGUAGCAACUACUACGAAGGUGAGCAAGUCGCUCAGAGUGAUUCUUUGAAUCAACACCCUUCUUCUCGCUCUUUUGUUGUCCCCUACUCUAAGUGGAUACCUGUGAAACGCUUUGGAAGUGAGCAUAGUUUGAGAGAUGCAGUUUAUGUUGCCAAAGUGGUGAAGCCUUUUAAUAAGGUGCGUUCAAUUUAGUCUUUAAGAGUUUCAUAUUAGCUGAAUUUUCCACAA